UCCCAUUAAACCACAGCCUUAACAACAACAGCAUGGUAGUUACCAUGGGAGUCCCGGGGUGCUUACGGCAGAUUUUGAGAGGAAAAGCUGGAGACUUUCUACUUCUUGCUCCUCAGAGAUUUUUCAGUACUACGUUCAAGGCCUCAGAUCUCCAGAUUGAAUUGAACAAACAUCUAAAGCCUAAACCGGAUUCUAGCAAACUGGUCUUUGGGAAAAAUUUCACGGACCAUAUGCUCACUGUGGAGUGGAGCAAAGAAAAUGGCUGGGGAAAACCACACAUCAAACCUUUCCAGAAUCUCUCUCUGCACCCAGCCUCUUCAGUCCUGCAUUACUCAGUGGAGCUUUUUGAAGGAAUGAAAGCUUUCCGGGGCUCAGAUCAGCGCAUCCGUCUUUUUCGUCCCAUGCUCAACAUGAAUCGCAUGUUACAAUCCUCUCUUCGAGCUUGCUUGCCUGCUUUUGAUCAAUCUGAAUUGCUUGAAUGCAUCCAGCAGCUGAUCCGGGUGGACCAAGAUUGGGUCCCACACUCCAGCACAGCCAGUCUCUACAUCCGCCCCAUCUUGAUUGGCACCGAGCCUUCCUUGGGGGUCUCCAUUUCCAAUCACGCGCUGCUCUUUGUGAUCUUGGGCCCCGUGGGUCCUUAUUUUACCACCGGAAGCUUCAAUCCCGUUUCCCUCUUAGCUGAUCCCCAAUUUGUCCGUGCCUGGAUGGGUGGCGUUGGUAAUUGCAAAGUAGGCGGCAACUACGGCCCCACCAUCUACGUGCAAGGAGAGGCUGCCAAAUUGGGUUGCCAGCAGGUUUUGUGGCUAUACGGCGAAGACCACCAACUCACUGAAGUUGGGACCAUGAAUAUUUUCUUGUUUUGGAAGGACCAAGAGGGAGAUAUGGAGCUGGUCACCCCUCCACUUAAUGGAAUCAUUUUACCUGGUGUGACACGACAAAGCCUUCUGGAUUUGGCCCGCAAAUGGGGGAAAUUCAAGGUUUCUGAGAGAACAAUCACCAUGUCUGACGUGAUCAAAGGCUUGGAGGAGAAAAGAGUGAAGGAGAUAUUUGGCUCAGGCACAGCUUGUGUGGUAUGUCCCGUGGACAGAAUUCUCUAUCAGGGCAAGAAUUAUCAUAUCCCCACAAUGGAAAAUGGACCUGAGAUUGCAAAGCGGUUUCUGAAGGAGUUGACAGAUAUUCAGUACGGACGCACCCCAAGUGACUGGGCCCAGGUGGUUUGCUGAAGACUGUGGGAUUUGACUUUUCCCUGCUCUCGUUCAGCUUCACUCUCUUCACCACAGCUGUAUUUAUGACAUGGUUCUAAAGCUUUUCCAGUUUUGCCUUCCAUUUGACUGACUCACUGCCUGGUUUGGGGAAACUACAGUUCGUUCCCCUGAUAUAAACCCAGGCCCUUUAUGGCUGCGAAACACUCCACAUCAGGAAGGCCUGCCCUGAUCCAGGACCAGGAAGAAUACCAGAUCAACCUCUUUGCUGCGAUGGAAACGAUGCUUUGAACUCCAAGCGGCUUGCUCUGCUUCUCUCUCCACUCCAAAAACUCGGCUGCUUUUUUGCUUUUAAGUGCAAUAUUGAGAGGAGUAGGAGAAAACGAAGGAAUGUGGAGUGUACGCAAAGCUCUAAUACUUCAUGUGCAUGAUUGCCAAUUUUUUUUUUUUUAAGAAUAGUCGCUUGAAUUCAUGUAGGAGCACAUGUAAAAAAAAAGUGUAAUCUAAACCAUAUUGCUCUUAUAAAAGUUUUUUUUUUUUCAUUUUGGUAUCCUUGUGAAUGGGGCCAAAAUUUUUAAAUUUUGGCUCCUGUAUCUUAAACUGAACAUUUCCAGAAACGUGAAAUUCUUGUUUCGUGUGGAUGACUAUUCACUUUUUAAAGUUAAAUCUGCUGGAUAGAUAAAAGAAGCCUUAAAUCUUCAGAAUUAACAUGGAGCUACAAUUUGCAGCCGUGGUUGGCUUUUUAAGGUGGAAAAUGAUUCAAAAGAGAUGUGACAGCGAGAAGGAUGGCAUAUAAAUUUAAUAAAUAAACAAGAUUAUAAACUGCA